AUGGGUGGCACGAGUGCACAUUCUAUACUUCACGGCCUCCUCGACAGCGCCAACACCCGCCACCGCAGCCCGCCACCGCCCACCAGUCUCAAGGCCUUAACUACCGUAAUACUUAAUCAUGUCCGCUUCGGUGGCCUCGCAAAAGCCGUCUCCAUUCUCUACUCCUCCACCGUUGCCUUGCCUUUUUCUCUCUACGCCCACCUUUUUCAAAUUUGUGUUUCACAAAAAGCCAUUGUCGAGAUACGGAAACUCGAAUCUCACCUAAUCAUGUGGAAUCCGAAUCCACCAAUCUUUUUGCUUAAUAGGGCAAUAGAGGGUUAUGGUAAGUGUGGCUGUUUGGAUGAUGCCAAGGAACUGUUUGACCAAAUGCCUAAAAGAGAUGGUGGGUCAUGGAAUUCAAUGAUUACUGCGUAUUCACAGAAUGGGAAGGCGGAGGGAGCUCUAGGUUUGUUUUCAAGGAUGAGGAGGGAAGGAGUUUUUGCGAGUGAGGUUACUUUUGCGAGCGUCCUCGCGUCAUGUGGCACCUUGUUGGAGCUGUGGCUAUCGGGGCAAGUGCAUGGGCUUGUUGUGAAAUAUGGGUUUUGUGGGAAUGUUAUUUUGGAGAGCUCGCUCGUGGAUGUAUAUGGGAAAUGUGGCAAGAUAAGUGAAGCGAGGAGGAUGUUCGAUGAGAUUGAUAAUCCGAACGAUGUCUCGUGGAAUGUGAUUGUUAGGAGGUAUUUUGAGAUGGAUGAGGGAAAUGAAGCAGUGAAGAUGUUUUUCAAAAUGAUUAGGAUGAAUAGUGCGAAAAUAGGGAAAUCUUUGUUUCUACACCAUGAAAGCUGUAGUCCAAAGUUUGCAAUAGGGCAGUUCAAUAUUUCUGAGACUGAGAAGUGGGUUGAAAUUUAUCUGUGGGACUGGCAAUCAGAACUCUACCCCAAGAUAUAUCUCUUGAUCAGAGAUGAAUGCAAGUCACAUGAAAAUAUUUGA